AGAAUUUACGACAUAAACAUAACGAUCGACUCAUUUACGAUAAAAUAAAAGCAUGGAGUUAGACCAGACUAGUGAUUCUGAAAGUAAUGACUCUGAUACGGAGUUACAAAUUGCUUUUGCAAAAGGAGAGUUAAAACCUGGUUUGAACAUACCAACAGCAGCUCCAAAACAGUUCAUCAAUAAUGUUGCUGGCAUGCAACAGAAGCUUGCUGAGAUAAAGUCUUCACUGGGCUGGAUUGAGAGACUUGAUCUGACAGUAAAGGAUGGCAAGUCUACCCAGGCCUUAGAGGAGGCAGAGGGACAGGUUCAUGAUGACUUCAAGCGGGAAAUGAUUUUUUACACACAGGCCCAACAGGCUAUCCUAAAAGGUUUGAAUAAUCUUCAUCAGUUAGGAAUACCUACAAAAAGACCAGAUGAUUACUUUGCACAGAUGAUUAAGUCUGACAACCAUAUGAAAAAGAUCAGGGAGCGGUUACUUUCAAAACAAAUGGGAAUGGAAAGGUCAGAAAAAGCAAAGAAAUUACGAGAGCUCAGGAAAGUUGGUAAAAAGGUCCAAGUAGAUGUUAUACAAAAGAGACAUAAAGAAAAGCGAGAAAUGUUAGAAGCAGUUAAAAAAUAUAAAAAAGGUAAACAAGAUGCACUGGACUUCCUGAAUGCAGAUGAUGGUCCAAAGCAAGGCAAGAAACCAAAACCAGGAGCUCCAGCAAAGAAAGAUGAUUUCAAGCCAGGAAAGAAAAGAGAGUACAAAAAUAAAAAGUUUGGAUAUGGUGGCCAGAAAAAGCGUUCAAAGUACAACACUAAAGAGAGUGCUGCUGAUCUGUCUGGCUUUAGCAGUAAGAAACAUGCAACUAGGCCUGGUAAACUAGAGAAAAAGAAAAUGUCCAACAAAAACAAGCGACCUGGUAAACAAAGGCGUCAAGCUUCUAAGAACAAGAGGUGAUAUGGAUAGGCUCAACAAGUUGACUACUGAGGGAGAGAGAAAAUAACAAUAGUUUAUUGGAUUACAGAGAUUUUAAUUUUACCAACAUCAAAGUAUUUGAUCAAUCACAGACAUACAACAUGUAAAAGACACAUCAAUGAUGUUUUGGCUUGAUAUGAGUACUGAACAUUAUGAACUAAGAAUAAUAUUGCAUAAAUUGAGCAUCCAAUAAGCUCAAACUCAAAUCAGAAGUUCAAGUCAACUUUUUCAAUGAAUAUCUUCUGUAUUUGAUAUUGGGUUAAGAUGUUUCAUAUUUUCUCUUAUAAUUUCAUAAUCUCUAUUACCGUAUGUACAGUUUCUUAGAAUAUCUCUUAAUGAAUAAACAAAAACAAAUUAUGUAUGUUUUCAUAUUUUUAUUAUUUAAGUAUAUAUUUAAUUGAACACUAAGUUCUAGUUUGCAAUAACAAUUGCAACGAAUGUCUUUGCUUUCUUUCUCAGAUUUUAUAGAAAUAAUAUCUGCAAAAAGAAAGCAUUGGUUCUGUUAUGAAUCAAUUGAA